AGUCGAUUUCUCUUUGCCUCGCCGGGCGCCCGUUCAACUCACCCAGCAGCUGCCCCGGAAUCCCAGCCACAGCCAGAAGCGAUGAAAUUUCCAAUCGAGACUCCAAGGAAACAGGUGAACUGGGAUCCUCAAGUGGCUGUUCCCUCAGCCAUGCCAGCUUGUGAGCCCAAGACUAAUGGGCACAAUCCAGCUCCACGUCUCUCUGUUUCUUCCCGGACCACUGUGGUCGCCACCAUGGAAACCACCUCCCAGGGCUUGCAGACAGUCAUGAAGUGGAAAACAGUGGUAGCCAUCUUCGUUGUGGUUGUAGCUUAUCUGGUAACUGGAGGCCUUGUCUUCCGUGCACUGGAGCAGCCUUUUGAAAGCAGCCAGAAAAAUACAAUAGCCUCAGAGAAGGCGGAUUUCCUUCGGGAACAUGUUUGUGUGACCCCAAUGGAGUUGGAGACUCUGAUUCAGCAUGCCAUUGAUGCAGAUAAUGCAGGAGUCAGUCCCAUAGGAAACUCGUCUAACAACAGCAGUCACUGGGACCUUGGAAGUGCCUUUUUCUUUGCUGGAACAGUCAUCACAACCAUAGGGUAUGGGAACAUUGCCCCAAGCACUGAAGGAGGCAAAAUUUUCUGCAUUUUGUAUGCCAUAUUUGGGAUUCCACUGUUCGGCUUCCUGCUGGCUGGAAUUGGAGACCAACUUGGAACCAUCUUUGGGAAAAGUAUCACAAGAGUGGAGAAAGUUUUCCGAAAAAAACAAGUGAGUCAGACAAAAAUCCGGGUGAUCUCCACUAUCCUCUUCAUCCUGGCAGGGUGCAUCGUCUUUGUGACCAUCCCUGCAGUCAUUUUCAAGCAGAUUGAAGGAUGGACAACCUUGGAGUCUAUUUACUUUGUGGUCAUCACUCUAACUACAGUUGGCUUUGGCGAUUUUGUAGCAGGGGGAAAUACUGAUAUCCAUUAUCGGGAGUGGUAUAAGCCCUUGGUCUGGUUUUGGAUCCUUGUUGGCCUUGCCUACUUUGCUGCUGUCCUGAGUAUGAUUGGAGACUGGCUAAGAGUUCUAUCCAAGAAGACAAAAGAAGAGGUUGGUGAAAUAAAAGCCCAUGCGGCUGAAUGGAAGGCCAAUGUGACUGCUGAGUUCAGGGAAACCCGGAGGCGGCUCAGUGUGGAGAUCCAUGACAAGCUUCAGAGGGCAGCCACCAUUCGGAGCAUGGAGCGUAGGCGCCUAGGGUUGGACCAGAGAGCCCACUCACUGGAUAUGCUCUCUCCAGAGAAGCGCUCUGUCUUUGCUGCCUUGGAGACAGGACGCUUCAAGGCCUCAUCUCAGGAAAGCAUCAACAACAGACCUAACAACCUGCGCCUUAAAGGGACAGAACAGCUCAACAAGCACGGGCAGGGGUCAUCUGAGGACAACAUCGUCAACAAGUUUGGCUCCUCGUCCAAGCUGACCAAAAGGAAAAACAAAGACCUGAAAAAAAGUAUCCCUGAGGAUGUGCGGAAAAUUUAUGAGACCUUCCGACACUACUCCUUGGAUGAAGAGAAAAAAGAAGAGGAGAAUGAGAAGAUGUGUAACUCAGAGAACUCUUCUAGCACUGCUAUUCUGACCAGCUGUAUUCAGCAGCACUUGGACCUGGAAAAUGGAACUAUCCCCACCGAAACCAAAGAAAGGGAACAAGAAAACAAAACAUUACUUGAAGACAGAAAUUAAAUGUAAAAGACACUUAACUUUAAUUAACUAAUGUUAGUGUUUUUAUAUACAUACAUAUAUAUAUAUAUAUAUACAUAUAUAUAUUGAGACACGUGCCUUAUACAGACUCCUUAUUCAGUCUGAAUUACAUAGCAUCGAAGAAUAUUUCACUGUGCCAUAAUGACUGAAGAUUGCUCUGCCAAAAUGAAUCAGAAACACAGCACUGGAGAGUGGCAUCAGAAAGCAACACAUGGGGAACUUCAGCCUGUGUAAAAUUACAAUGGCAAAAUGCAAAGGGAGAAACUUACCAUGGCAAUACAGCUGGAAUGCUACUGCCAUGUCAUACUGUUUGCAAAGGACAGCUAUGUUAGAGAACCUGUGGGAGGGUGAAAAAAAAAAGAAGCAAGACUGGUGAAUCUUCUAAAUUGAUCAUGGCUUCCCUGAGCCUCCCUCUGGUGAUUGAAAAGAGGAGAAAUGAUUGGGAUCAACUAACAACUUUCAAUAAGGAUGAGUUUACAUUUUGGCACGUGAUCCAAGCUAGUUUCAGUUUUAAAAUCAGAUGUAUUAUCUUUCUAAAAUCCAAAAGCAUGUCCCUGGACCUGGAAGUCAGUUGGUCAUUGGUUGUGAAAUCAAAGUAAACAUAAUAUUAAAGGAUGGGAUUGCUUUUUCCAUUAAAAAACCCCACAAAAAUACAGAAAAAAAAAUUCUUCCCUCCGAGGAAGUAGCUGAUAUAAACUCAAAAACUCUGAAUAAACAAGUUCAAACACUACAUGAUGUAAAAGAGGAGGAAAAAAAUAUACGUGUUUUGCUUGGCUCAUCAAAUUGUGGGCCAAUUUUUUAAAAAAUAUUUCUUGUUCACACUUUAUAUCACUGAAGCAAGUUCAGUUUUAAUGCUGUAAUACUACAAAGACAGAAAGAAAGCUAUGGCCUUUGCAUGACGUCAGCAACUGGCUGUUCUCUGUAGCUCAACUGGAAUUUUAAAGAGUAGACUUAAGAGCAUUUACAAUACUAAAAUGAGGACCAGAGCAACCUUAGUAUCUCAGGGCCAUAUGUCCCUUUUGAUGGGUUAGGGUUUAGACAGGAGCUGGUCAUACCCUCCAAAAACAAACAAAAACCCUCCCCCGACCCCUCAGAAACAAAAGUUGAAAAAGAAGAAAAUAACCAACAGAAGAUGAUGAAAUAUGAUGGAAAUAUUUUAAGUGCUUAUAGCUUUAAGUGCCAUUAAUACCAUCUUAUUUUGUAACUUUUUAAAUAAGUAUUUUGACUAAUUUAUUUGAUUUCUUUCUCUUUCAGUUUAUUUUCUUUAUUUGAUAUUUGCUCUAAAUCCCUUUCCUCAAUGGACUCCAAACACAAACUCUGUGUGUGUGUUGAGACAAUGAAACACAACCAAAAUGUGAGAGUUUUGUGUCUGUCGCUGUGACUGGACAUUUGAAUAUGGGAAGCACAUAUGUCUUCAGAUUUCAAAGUGAAUGUUAAGAGAAAAGACUGUGAAAUAAUUCAUGGGAAUUGCAAAGGCGUUCAGUCUAUGUAUGGUGCGUUGCUUGCCAUUACAAACCAGAGAUUUUUGCAUGCUGGAAACGAGACAUAAGUAAUUGCACAAUUUAUCCUCCCCAAACCUUCCUCUCCACAAAAUUCUCAAAUUGCCCAUCAUGCAAAGUGCUCCAAUUAUAACAGCAUUCCUUGUAGGUUUGCUGCUAAAGUAAAUGUGAGAUAGGCUCCAGACACAUUUUGAGUUUUGCUGCAUAUUCAUACUACCAAGGACUUCCCACUCAUGUGGGCAAAGUUUUUCAGAAGUGCAUGCCAAUAACUGUCUGCACGUAAAUGCAAACAAUUUUUUUGUUUACAUGUUCUGAGAUAUCAUGUGCAAAUGGCCACUUAAACAUGUGACAUUUGCAUACACUGUUACCCGAGCUGUGAAUAUGUAUGUGGUAAUUGCACAUGAAAAUGAUUAGUGUGAAUAUUUACCUAUGCAGCUGUUUGUGCACAAUUUGCAACUCUGAGCUCAAAGUCACUGCUGCAGGAGGCAAAAGGAACUCUGAGUAUGUUCUUUCCUUACGGAGUCAAAGCACCUGAAAAACUGUGUCCUAACUUAAAUUGGUUAUGAAAACCAGCUGUCCAAAAAUGAAGGAUGAAAAAUUACAGGGAGAGCGAGUAUAAAAUGGAUUUUGCUUUGUCCCCGAUGAAUCUGGUAAGGCUAGAUUCUGGCUUGUGUGGAGGAGCCAUGCUCUGUAGCCAGAGACCCCAGGAAGCAUUGUGGCUGGUUCAGCUGGGAUUGCUCCAAUUGUGGGCAUACCAAAGCAGGAGCUCUGCUACCCUCUGAAUGGGUACAGUAUGCACACCCUUCUUUAGCAGAUCAGUGCAGAGGGCAGAGGUACAUGGCCAUGCUCAAAUCCCAGACCUUUUCCACAGAGAGCAGGAUCUAUCUAAGGAAUGCAAGUGCUUGUGCCCGCUCCUCCCCCCACUCUGGUGGACACCAAAUAUGGCCCCUAAUCAGGAUUUUAAUAUGCACAAUACCACAUACUAACACAUACUUUGCUAUCUCAUUUUGAAAUAAGUGGUAUCAUACUGCGUUGGCUAUAUAGGCCCCACACAGAUAAAUCACGCAGGACUUUGUAUCUGGACCCAUUAAUAUUCAUGUUUUUUUCCGAUCUGGGGUUUUAUGAAAUUAGAAACUAGCUCCAAAAGUCAGAUCUGGGUUUGGAUUCCAGACAACGUUAAGGGAUAUCCAGAUCUGGUGUUUGGGUCCUUCUCUGAUUAAAGUGCUGUCUGGAAACACUAUUUGCACUUUAUUUGUUUGCUCUCCUGGAACUGAAGGAGGAUUCCCAAAGCUUAGAGUACAGUGGUAGUAAUUUGUGUUGCUUAGCCAGUGUAAAAAACCAUCCCCAGUCUGAUCACUCUCCUAAACCAUACUGUAUGGUCUACAGAAAAGCUCCCUGCGUAACUUCCCUGCUAAUAAGAUAUGAGUUACCCUAUGUCUACAGUGCACAACUUUUCUGGGAUACUGGAGGUAUCCCAGAAAAGCUACGCCGCG